CUCUCUCUCAGUUGAAAUAGAGGACCAAGGCAACGAGUUGGAGGCUCCAACUCAAACCCUCGUUUUCUCUCUCUGGUUACGCGUUUCUUUGACCUGAGAAUCCCUCUUCAAUAACUUCAAGAUCUGUGAACUCCAACUUUUAAUUGCUCAAAUCCAAGAUCUGAUAAAAAAAGGAUUUAAACGACGACGUUUAUGGUAACCCAGUUCAGGCCUUGAGGGUACCUGCUACUUAUUAUGCUUUGUUUACGGAUCUGGUUUUUAUAGUACUUCCGUUUGAAUUUUUGUUUUGUUUGGAAAUGUCGAUUUUGCCCAAGGGCGAUUCUAUUCACAUUCGAGAGGUGUGGAAUGAUAAUCUCGAAGAAGAAUUUGCUUUAAUUCGUGAAAUUGUUGAUAAGUAUAAUUACGUUGCCAUGGACACUGAGUUUCCUGGUGUCGUUUUGCGCCCGGUUGGGACGUUUAAGAAUAUAAAUGAUUAUAACUACCAGACAUUGAAGGAUAAUGUUGAUAUGUUGAAAUUGAUUCAACUGGGGUUAACGUUUUCUGACGAGAACGGAAAUUUACCCACUUGUGGAACGGACAUGUUUUGCAUCUGGCAAUUCAAUUUUCGUGAGUUUAAUGUAACAGAAGAUAUUUUUGCAAGUGAUUCAGUGGAGUUGUUGCGCCAAUGUGGAUUUGACUUCAAGAAGAAUAAUGAGAAGGGUAUAGAUGUGAAUCGAUUUGGUGAGCUCUUGAUGUCUUCGGGGAUUGUGUUGAAUGAUGGUGUUCAUUGGGUUACAUUUCAUAGUGGUUAUGAUUUUGGGUACUUACUCAAGUUGUUGACCUGCCGGAAUUUGCCUGACACUCAAGCAGGUUUCUUUGAUUUGAUCCAUAUGUAUUUUCCUAUGGUUUAUGAUAUCAAGCACUUGAUGAAGUUUUGCAAUAACCUUCAUGGUGGGUUGAACAAGCUUGCUGAGUUGUUGGAGGUUGAAAGGGUCGGUGUGUGUCAUCAGGCAGGUUCUGAUAGUUUGCUCACUUCUUGCACAUUUAGGAAGUUGAGGGAUAACUUCUUCAAUGGCUCCGCAGAAAAGUACGCAGGUGUAUUGUAUGGUCUUGGUGUCGAGAAUGAUAAGACUACUAAUUGAAAGAUAAUAAUUGGGAAAAGAUAUUUGUAGACUACCUGAGUGUGAAACACUAUUUUCUCUUUGUAUACUUUGGAAAAAAGAUUGUUGUUUUAGUUGUAACCUUUCUUGUUGUUGCUGUGUAACUGAAACCAUGACUGGUUUUGUAGUUUCAGUUUCAUGUAAAUUAUUGCAGCUAGUGUUUCAAUAAUAAUCUUAAUGAUUCCCAACUUAUUUCA